UCUAGCCACCCUUCCUCUGGUCUCCGGGCCUUGGGUUAUCAUUGGGGAUUUCAACCUUAUUAGGUUCCCUGAUGAUAAGAACAACAACAAUCUUAACCUCAGCCUCAUGGACGCUUUCAACCUUGCUCUGGAUCAGCUUGGCGUCCUUGAGAUCCCACUGCUCGGCCGAGCUUUCACCUGGUCCAACCAUCAGCCCUCCCCUGUCCUUGCUUCAACAUCGCCCACUCCCUUGCUUUCCCCAACACCUCGCUCUCCCCACUUCCCAAACCAACUUCUGACCACACACCAAUCCUACUCUCCAUGUCCUCCUUCAUCCCAAAAUCCAAUUUAUUUCGCUUUGAAAGAUCUUGGCUCCUCAACGCCUCCUUCCUCCCUUCUGUCCUCCCAGCGUGGCUCUCUGCCCCACAGUGUUCAGACACGGCUGGUAAGCUGGCAGCGUGCCUCAAGGUGACUCGAGCGGCCGCUAAGACGUGGUCGUGGCGUAACAGGGCGCCCCCUCAACUCAUCCCCAAUUGUAAAUUUAUUAUUGAGCUACUGGACUUUUUUGAGGAGCAACGUUCUCUCUCUAGUGAUGAAUUACAGACCAGGGAAACAUGCAAACAUCGUCUAACUAGUGCAAUCAAAGAAAGAGCAGCCUUUUGGAAGCAAAGAAGCAAGUUCAAAGCAAUCAAGGAAUCGGAUGCGAACACUGCUUUCCACCAUGCCCAAGCAACAGUUAGGCACAGAAGCAACCAGAUCAGAGCGGUUGGGUGUCAAGGACAGCUUUUCACGAACCAUGAUGCCAAGAUGACAGCACUCUCAGAUUUCUUCGCUUCCAUUAUUGGACAGCCGGGAGAAUCAACCUGGCACUUCCAUGCUGAUACCUUGUACAGCAACGUCAGUCAGCCAUCACAAGCUCCUGUCGCUCCCUUUGCCGAAGAAGAAAUCAAGUCAGCUCUCGUUUCCAUGAACCGCAACAGUGCCCCUGGGCCGGACGGGUUCGGUCCUGCUUUCUAUGUGGCUACCUGGGCAACAGUCAAGAAUCAAGUCAUUGAGUUCAUGAACGCCUUCCACAUUGAUGAUGUUCAGCUUGAGCGCAUUAACAGAUCGUACAUGGUGCUGAUUCCGGCCAAUUUGCCUGCAAAAUUGCUCAGUCAAAAUCUUGGCAAAAACUCUCACUGUCAGGCUUCAAAAAGAGAUCCCCAGCCUCAUUGAUCUAAAUCAGACAGGCUUCCUCUUUGGGCGCUCUAUCUCGGAAACCUUUGUUUAUG